UGAAGGCUCCAAAGUCUUGCUAGUACUCGGAUAUUGUCAAAGAUUCUGACUAAGUCGGCUUCACCCUCGCUUGACGCCUCCUAGAAUCUGUACGUUGCUAACAAUCGGUAAGUAUCAAACGGAUUCCGGUCAAGACCAGAUACAGGAAGUAUAUAAAGAUAAAGCCUCUGGCACCAAACAUCGACCACGAUCGAAGUCAUUAACCAAGGGGUCUACCAAGACUGCCCAGGAACUAAGAUCUGCCAAGGUCCCUUCCAAUUGUGACCCUAUAGAAUGAUGAUGAUGACUCGACUGCUCUUGAUGAUGCUGGUGGUCUACAGUGUGCCAACGGCUACCCGAGCUUCAGUCGUGAGCGAUUUGGACACUCUGAAGGAAGUCCAAAACGCCCUGAAGCACGCCAGGUCGUCUGUGGAUGGGCUCGUCAAUCUGGUUGACACAUUCGUCACGACCACCACAGAGGCGGCCCCGUCAACCACCUCGGCCGACACGGGCACCACAGAGGCGGCCCCGUCAACCACAGAGGCCGACACGGCCACCACAGAGGCGGCCCCGUCAACCACAGAGGCCGACACGGCCACCACAGAGGCGGACCCGUCAACCACAGAGGCCGACACGGCCACCACAGAGGCGGCCCCGUCAACCACCUCGGCCGACACGGCCACCACACCUUACACAUCAACUCAGUUCACUGAGAAUACAACACAACCGAUGACCUCGACCUCUCUAUCACCGCCAACUAUGGCUCCCACAACAACGCCACCAACAACUACGGUUCCCACUACAACAACUACGGUUCCCACUACAACAACUACGGUUCCCACUACAACAACUACGGUUCCCACUACAACAACUACGGUUCCCACUACAACAACAACUACGGUUCUCAUUACAACAACAACGGUUCCCACUACAACAACAACAACUACGGUUCCCACUACAACAACAACUACGGUUCCCACUACAACAACAACUACGGUUCCCACAACAACAACGGCUUCCACAACAACAACGGCUUCCACAACAACAACGGCUUCCACAACAACAACGGCUUCCACAACAACAACGGCUCCCACUACAACAACAACAUCGGAACAAACACUAAUUUCUUUUCCAGCUUCAGAAAGCACUUCCAGCUUGGAGGAAGGCGCUGUUAGGAGUGUGGAGCGCGUCUUUCCGCUGGGAUACGCCAACUUCAGGAGAGUUCUUCGCGAAAGUACCCUGGUAGACGGACCUCGGAGGCGGGGUGCGCUUCCGCCCCUUCCUGUGUCUGGAGUCCAUGUUGCUGUAAUCCAACGAAAAGCUGAAAGUUGGACAGCAACCCAAAACAGUUCAUUGACGGAUGAUAAAGCUACACCAAAUUCAACAGAUUUCUCUGAAACACCAAUUACGACAGAUGAAAAUUCACCAACCACGACAGAUGAAAAUUCACCAACCACGACAGAUGAAAAUUUACCAACCACGACAGAUGAAAAUUCACCAACCACAACAGAUGAAAAUUUACCAACCACGACAGAUGAAAAUUCAUCAACCACGACAGAUGAAAAUUCACCAACCACGACAGAAAACCAAAAUGAAACUAGCACUCGACCGUCGGAGUCUCCAGUAUCGUCAUCGGUGGGGCCAGUGGAGCCAUGGUGGGAUAGAGUAAGCCAGCACCUGGCAAGGAUGAAUGUCCUGACGGUACAGAUCUUGGGUGGAGCAGAGGACCACGAUCACGCCAUCAACCUGGACAAAGAGGCCACAGCUGUGGACAACCUUGUGGCGGAGGGCUGGGAAGACCCCACUCUUGUGCUCAACGUCACGGACGAUAAUGUUUUUCUCAUUAGCGCCGUGAUCGACCAUCUCUCCAAUGCCACGGAAUACAUUGACGAUCGGGUGCAGAAAGCAAAGGCAGAGGAGACGGAGGUGGUCGUGACCAUCGUGUGCCUGUCUGUGCUGUUCGUGGUGGUGCUGGUGUCGGUGGUCGUGUCGCUGGUGGCGCCAGCCUCGGCCAAGUGCGGGUUGCCCAAGUCUGGUAUCAACAACAAGAGUGAUGGUAAAAGGACGUCGAUUGCCGAGCCCUCAAACUUUGCAGACGCAUCGUACGUCCAGCAUAGCCAGCUCUACGCGGACCCGUACAGAGACCAGACAACCACUGUCUAAAUUCUAGAACCACCAUAAUGACAACAGCCAGAGUGCCUGAGGCUAUCCUGCCCUUCAAGGCAUCUUGAAAGAGGAGCAACCAGCAUUACAACUUCGACUCCACUGCCAGCUGGAUCUUGCAUUAGGAAUAACGACAAAGUGACGACAUUACGUUAACUUGUUUCUCUAAUACCAAGUCUUUCAUCUGUUCAGGUCGGAAAAUGCCUCGCUGUAAAAUUAGCAAAGGUUAGAGUCGCCAGUUUAUCUAAAAUAGAUUGAUAAGUGGCAGUGGUAUUGUCAUAGAUAACGAGGCAUUGAACAUUAAUGCCAUUUAAUAAUACCUUGCUUAUUUACUCGAAACACUGCAGACCAAUGUGUUUUAGCUUCUUCCAGCCUCAAAAAACAAAACAAAAAUUAAUAUGGCUAUAACCUUAUAUUUUUGGAAAUGGUGAUCACUCAAGCCUAGGCUUAAUUCCAGUAGAUUUAGUAUACAUUGACUUCCCUGAAGCUCUUAAUAAGACCCUAAGACCCCACGUGAAAGAAUGGCAAAGAAUUAUAAGCAAAUGGAAUAAAAGGCAAGAUAUUAGAUGGAUAAAACAAAACACACACUGUGUCACGCUAGAUAUUAAUCUUGUCAGGGGGGGAAAUGUGGUGAGUGAAGUGACGUUGUAAUUAAGGUAUCUGUUCAUUUGUUGUUUGGCUUAAUGCCUAUGGACAUCUAAAGGCUAUACAGACCAACUAGCGAGCUAAACUCUCGGUGUAUAUAUUCGGAGAAGUUGGGUACACCUCCCAACGGUGUAUAUAAUUAAUUUAUUUUGUCUGGGACAGGAAGCCUGUGUGUAUAUAUACUUUUUAGGCUUGUAUCGAGCUCUCCACAAGGUCGAACUAAACCCCCCCCCUCAAUGAAUGGGGUGAGAAUAGCUUGAGCUACCUCGUCCCUUUGUGUGUAUUUAUACCUCAAUAAACUUAUUUCAAUUUCCCCAAAUUGCAACCCCCAUUACAGAUGGCUAUGUUGUUGUUGUAACGUACGAUUAUGUUACGUUGUUGUGUAGAUUAGAUACAGUGUUUAGUGGGUUUCAUAUUUAUUUAGUAUUGAUUACAGCAGUCGGAUGUUGGCAGUGUCGUAGACGUUGAGACGGAGCUUGGAGCAAAGCAGAAAAUUGAGUGACGCCGGAGGCGCGGAGCUCGAUUCGGGCGAACGUGGCGGCUAGAUGGGGAAUUGUGAGUGUCUAAACUCGAUGCGGUCGUAGUCUGCUGUCUGCUCUGUGUCGAAGCUGGCGUGUCUUGGGGUCGAUUAGACCUGCAUACACCGAGUGCUACAUUCUUGAGGUUGAAGAGGUGUGGUAACUCUGAAGCGUCUGUACUGAAGUUAACUGAAUCACUGUGGAAAUUAUACUAAUCAUUAAUUAAUUGAUGAUUGAUAAAUCGUAAGACACCCAAGAGGUGGCACGGGCAUGAAUAGCCUGUAACCAGGAUCAUUAAUUGCUUCUGGACUGCUUUUACGAUUGGACUGCACCUCAUCUCAUCAUCCGCUAAUAGGUUGAUAGGAUGGAAAGACUUACCUGUAAUUAGGGAAAAGAUUAUAACUUCUGUAAUUAGUGCAAAUUAGUUACGCCAUUAAGCUAAUGAGAGGUUGGAGCGAGUAUUGUUUGUACUCGCUACAUUGUUUUAGAUUCAGCUACUCGGACCUAAAUUUCAAUGUAGCACGGGCUAUAGUGAGUCCGGGCUGGUGCAGUCAUCGGGGGGAUAAACCUUUCAUGCAAAUUGCACCUACUAUCAAGAAGAUAGUGAACCCGUAAUUCAGUUCUGUUAUUCACUAUAGCGUUGUUACUGUGAUAUCUGGGUCAAAGUUUUAAAUGAAGGAAAAGUUUCCUUAUUUUCGCAUUGAUUUUUGUCUUUUGUUUUAAUAACGUUAUCUUGGUGGCGGAUAUAGAUAAACAAUGUUCACUAGUGUGUCCCAUUCUUCAACUAUUUUUUAACCAUUGUAGUCGCUGUGGAUUUUGCAUUUAAUGCAGCUGAUCUUGUUGGAUGAAUGUUGAGUUUGAUGCGCAGAGCUUCAGUUGCUUCUCAUUCCAGAAAGUAGUGUAAUAGCGCCGCCUAUGCAUCUGUUCUACAAAUAUCUCACUCUUUAACUAUUGAGGUUAUUACCUCCCAGCAGCACUUGUAACCAAGUCUGAGUCUGUAUUGUUACUGCAAUAUCUCUGGAUAUCUUUUUGCCCGGCUUGAAAGAGUACUCAUUAGCUUGUUCAUACCACACCGCCAGUGGGUCUGCCUUCCGCUACUUUGGCUCUGUGGCUACUUUUGAUGCGAGUAUUUUCUUCUUGAUUUGCUCCUUAAUCUGUGAGAAACUUGGAUGUAUUUUUACCUGUACAAUAGUUAAAGCAGUAGCAGUUUUUGCUAGCGAGUCUGCAUUUACAUUACAUUACUUUACUUUACCAUCUAUGCCAAUGUGACUUGGUAUCCAAUUUCAGAUGGCUAACUCCCUUGUACUUAUUUACUGCUAGAUGAAGAGAGGCAUCAGGUGAAAGGAAACUUCUCCAAUCAUUUCUGUCUGACCCGGGGUAUCAAACCCGGGGAUCAUCAAUUCUCGAGUCGAGAGCAAUAGUGACUAUACCACUAUACUACCAAGACUUGUAACAGAUCAGGUAAAUAUACGAAUACGGGUGACACAAUUCAAAGAAUUUAACAGCUUUUGAUGUUUAUUAUAGUCGUAGUUACAGUAGCCGGUUGUUAGAAAUGUAAUGACGUGUGAUAGCUGAGCCGAAGUCUGAAGCAAAGCUUCGGCGAGGCUGCGGGACUUGUGGGAAGUUCGAACACGGGUGAAAUCUGGCUGUGUACUCUGUAGCGAGGCUGUAGCGUCUUGUGAGAGUCGGAACUGGAGUCGUCAAAUGUUACAUUGUUGCUAGUGACUGUCAAUGGUGUUGAAAUGAACACAAGUGAACACUGAGUAUGGUCAUGUACAGAGCACCAGCACUCCAAACCCGCAUCUGACAAAGAUAGCACAAAGUAGCGGCAGCGAGUUAAGAGACAUUAAUGACUGUAAUUGCAUCAAGCCUAGAAGAAGUGGUAAAGCCAGUGAAUAGGAUAACCAAUUUGGAGGCAGCACAAAUCAACUGGAUGGAAACUCCACGAGAGAUGGAACUACAAAACCACAAGAAAUUCAACAGAACAAAAACUUGAGUAAAUAGAAACAAGAACUCAGUAUUCUUCAUUGUUAGAAACAAUGAAUAUCUUUAGACUGCACAAUGAAGCUUCCAUAAGCAAUUUUAUUGCUAUCGGUAAUAAAAACUGGCCAGACACUUUUGACUAGCCUCACCCAAAUUUGCAGGGUAAAUGAUCAUGGGUAUGGAAUGGACAUCGGCCUUGCAUCCACCCACAAAUGUUCCGUGUGUGGGGGGAACCUUCCGGUUCCAGAUUGGUCUCACCCUCCAUCAUCUGACACACAGCCACCGACCUUCGAUAUUGAAGUCAUGGUCAUCGUCAUAUCCGAAGGACAAACAUCACCGCGACCAGCCGAAGUUCAAUGCUUUAAGAAAUAUUAGCAAUUAUGAACACUCCCUAGGCCACUUUCAUGUAGUCUUUCAGGGAGUUAAGUGAAAUAUGGUGUGUGGUUAAUGUGUUUGUUGUCAUAAUUUCUUAGACCCAUACAGAUUCAGUAGUUUGUGGUUCUUAAUAAUGUAUGUAAUAUGUUUUCUGAGAGAUGGGGAGUGUGAAUGGGGGGGAUUGAUAGAUAGAUGGAAGACUGACCCAGGCAAUAGGUACCCCCUCUCUCUUUCCCCCUCCCUCCAUAAUCAAUAUCCCAUGCUAAACUAAACAAGUUACAACCUAAAGAAUAAAAAAGAAGUACUCCUUAAUGCUACAAGAUAUUAAUAUUGCCAAAACAAGCUACUUAAAACGUUUUUAUUUUUAUUUGAUUUGAUUUGAUUAAAGCAUUGAUCCCAUUUUGUGGAAAAUGAUUUUCAAGAACUAUUUUUAUUACUGUAUAGUUGGUGACGAUGGAAUGAAAUUAACUACUAGAACUGCUUUUAGAUUCAACAGUUUCUUCCCUUCAACUGGUCCCUUGCAAAUGAGAUCCAAAAAUCCCAAAUCAAUGCAAAUUAUCUCUCAGAUAAGACUCUCUGGAUAAUUGCCUAACAUAUGAGGAAUUUGUUGGGUUUGAAUUUGAUAAAAAUAACUCGAUAAGAGGAAUUACAUAAAGUAACCUUUGAGAUGCCAACCCUCAUUUAUAAAAGCACUUUGUGAUUUUUACCUCCGACAUAGCUUUGGUAUGCAAUAAAUCACUUGCAUUUUGGUCGAGCCUUCCCCAAUAUUCUUAUCAAGGUUUGAGUAAUUCCAGUCCUUAAACGUGGUGAUAAUAGUAAAAAUCAACAGCUUUUGACCAAUAUCAAUCCUGCCCACUGUCCAAAAUCUAUACCAUGUGAUAAAUUGCAAAAUAUACCAUUUUGCCUCUGUGGAGGCAAAACGGUAUAUUUAAUUUCUGUGACCUCUCAGAAGGGGUGGACCUUUGACCUGAGCCAGGUUACUACAUUCAGUAUAUGUGCAGAUGAAAAGUCACAAUAACGUGGCUGAAAAAUAUUGACCAAACCACACACUGGAAAUUGAAGAGUUGACGACGUUUCGGUCUGUCCCGGACCAUUAUCAAGUCAAUUAUGAUGAGACGAGGGAGGCAAGAGCAUUAAGUAGGCAAGAGAGAGGUGAGGAGAUGGAAAUCUAGAGGAAGAUGAGAGUAAGGCAAAAGGUACGAAGGUAAAGUGUAAUAAAGGGUGUAAUGAUAGGAAAAAGAAAGGGAUCAUAAGAGAAAACAGGAGAACAAGAUUAAAGGAAGGGUAGGCUUAUGCUAGGUCACGUUGUUAGGAAUAUGUAUCAAGUAUAUUCAGUAUAUGUAUUAAGACUGUAACUUAAAAUUUACGUACCCUGUAGUUUAGUGUUGCAUGACAUUUUUGAGGACCAAAAAAUAUAAAAACUAAACUGCUCUUUAUUGAAACAGUAUUCUACAUUUACAAUGUGAUGAUUUAUGUGGAAGCCAAAAUGAACAAAGUGUUAUGUUACAGGCACCUUCAGGUGUGUUUAAUUGAAUGCAGUCCAUUAAUAGCUAUGCAAUAAUCUCUCAUUCUCCACUUACUGUACCAUAACCAUCCAUAAUAUGCAAUACAGUACUGUAUUUGGCUUGGAAUUAUACAUUAAGAUUUCUACGUGCAAACUUAUAAUUUCAAUCGGCACCUUCUCUAAUUUCAUGAAUAAGUGUUCUCGUUGUACCUUUGCACUUUUCAUACAAAAUCUUGACAUUUACUGCAAAUCUAAUAUGAUUACAUCCUUUUAAUCAAGCACUUCAUAUUUUAAGGUUGUUUAAUAUCUCUAAAAAUGCAAAUACAGUACACCCAGAGUGAGUAACUAGCCGUAACUGUUCAAAAUGACAAUAUGUUUUAGCAUGCCAUACUUUUCUCAACCAUUAUCCUUAUUAAGAAGUUUCCUAUAUUGAAUCUGUUAAUCCAUAUCUUACUGCCUCGGUAUCGAAGUUCUUAUUGGCUGGUGAAUGUCAUUGCACACUACAAUAUUAAUAAAUACAGUAUAUAGACUGAAAAUAUAGAACUACAUAUUUCCAUGAAUAUAAUAAAAGAUUAUGAGACUAGAUAAAUUACUACAGUAAAUAGUAGUUCAUCCACACACUGAAACACUCAAACCACAAAUGCAAGAUAGAUCCCAAACAAAUCUUGUUUACAUAUUUUUACUCGACUAAUAAAAUACCAGUACACUAAUUAUAUUUUAUAAAAGCAGUAUGUAACAAGUCUGUUUAAAUAACACACUGAGAGUGCAAAAUUAUUUUGCAAGAAACAAAAAUAUAUUGGUACUAUAAUUAACUUGAUAAUUAAUACUGUACUAUACUUGAUACUAUAAUUAAAUGAUAAUCCUCAAAUUUUA